AUGUCUCCCCAUCCACAUCCACUUGCCUACAUUCCCCAGUCGGCUCUCGCUGAAGCCUGCAAAUACCUCACCAAAAGCGAUUCCCUCAUUCGCGCCGGCAAACUCGUCGUCGCCGUUGUAGAUUACGCCACGGAUAGAGGUAACACCGCUACCUUUUCCGCAUUCGUGUCUGGUCUUGGCCCCUCCCUUUUCGCCCCCUUUGUCAAUGUCCUCAAGCAUGAUCGCGAAGUCUCCUCCUGGUUCAUCAGAGCUCUUGGCAAAAUGCUUGGACACAAAGACGUCGGCCCCUUUGCGGAUAACGCUGGUUGUAUGGAUGCGCUCGACGAGCAGAAAGCAAAAUACGUCUCCGCCGUCACCAGCACGCUCGCCGCCAUCACUGAGCAUUGCAUGCUCGCUCAUAACGCAGAAGACACACCUGACAUCAAUGCGGGUCAGCAACUGUCGCCAUCCAUCACCGGCGAACUCGCCAGUGCUUCCAGCGCCCUUGGAUACAUCCCAACCGUGGCUGACAUCACUGUGACUAUGCCGCGCGGAGGCCAGUCGAAUGCUGGAGAUGAACAGCUUGGCCGAAUUCUCGCAGGGCUUGCCGCCUUCCUUUCCACCGACAACAACCGUUUUGUUUUCUGCAAGGUCUGUGCGGCCUCUCCGGGCGGAACGCGCGGCACAUCUGUACUGGCUGCGUUGCUGGACAAGGAUGUUGGGCUCCCGGUGCAGGUUUACUACCAAACUGUGUUCUGCCUUUGGUUGCUUACAUUCAUGAAUACGAACGAGGACACCAGCGUUGUUGACACUGUGUCGCAGGCCUUGGAGGAGGCGGCCGUCCCCCGGCGUUUGACAAACGUUCUACGCGAGGUAUCGGCGGAAAAAGUUGUUCGCAUCUCUCUGGCCACGCUGCGCAAUAUCUUGAAGAUGUCUGUGACGUUGAGAAAGGAGAUGGUGGGAGCUGGUCUUGUCGGGGCUCUGCAUUCGCUCUGCUUCCGGAGGUGGAACGAUGAAGACAUUCGUGAGGAUCUCGGUGUGCUGGCCGAGGCAUUGGAAUCCGAGCUCGCAUCCAUGAGCAACUUUGACGUUUACAGGGCGGAAGUCCUGUCCGGGGCCCUCGAGUGGACUCCAGCUCAUCGAGAUGAGAUGUUCUGGAGAGAAAAUGUAGAGAAGCUUGACCGCAACCAGCAAGAGGUUCUCCGUUGUCUGGUGCGCGUGCUACAUGAAUCUGGUGAUGAGACCGUCCUUGCUGUGGCCUGCAAUGAUCUCGCCCAGUUUAUCAAAUUCCACCCUCGUGGUCGUGUCAUUGCUCAAUCACUUGGGGUCAAGGCUCGAUUGAUGGAGCUCAUGGUAUCAGGAGAAGGCGAAGUUCGUCGCUACGCUCUCAACUGUGUACAAGUACUAAUGAUCAGAUGGAAUCGCCAGGAGUCGUAGAGCGUUAACUGUCGUUGCUAACAUUAUUGUGCUUUUUGCCGUGUACUGUGACAACUUUGUUGUCAUGUUGUGAUUGAUAACAAUUUUAUUUUGACCUCGGCAGCAGUAAAACUACAGUAUAGUUUUUCGAGA